AUGGUUUACAGCAAACCAACAAGCGGCGCCAUGAAGAGGUCUGCUUCAGCUCUCGAGGGACCCCCGGGAUGGGGCGAUGUUCCUCCAAUGAUGGCCAACUCCCGGUCAUCCUUCCAUCCUCCUUAUGCUCAUUUUGCCAUGAUCUACCUGGACCGGGAUGGCAAGCUCAAGGUUGAAGAAUCAUCUUCUAUUCAAGAGCAAAACUCCACGAUUUUCACCUCCGAAGUCCGUCAGAACUUCCUAGAGAUUCUGGGAGAACGUAUUGGCUAUCAUGCCCCGGCGCGCCAGACGCUGGACACCUCUCCUCGUCGAGUGAGACGUCGUAAGGGCAACGCUCCUGCUGUUUCUGUCAGUGAAGACCGCCUUGCCGAGCAGGACACUGAUAGCGAAGAGCUUCCGAGCGGGUCUGCUGAGAUGGUUCCUCUCCGCAUCGGAGACGCCCAAAAGGUGAUGGCCUACUACGAAGGUGCACUCAAGCACUUCCAACAGCUGAACUGCCGCAUGGUUGCCAAGGCAUUCAUCAAAUUUAUCGAGCCUCGCAAGCAAGUGCGACACCCGUACAACGGUGGUAAGCCACCAGCAGGAUCCGCCCCCGGUACGACGGGUGACCCAGAAAAGACCAAGCCCGAGUGGUGGCCUCCCGGUGUGAUGCACAAGGAACCUGACCACUUGAGGAAAGAGUACCGCAUUGAGCUCUUGCUUCACAUUAUCCGCAAGCUCGGUGCUUACGGUAUUACUGCCGAUAAGCUCAAGGAUGUUGCUGGCGACACCAAGCGGAGCUUAAAGCAUGCAUCACACGUCGCGAUCAUCUACGAAAUCCUCCGGGUUCGUAAGAUGGAGGAGCGCUUUGAACGAGGCGAAGUCGAUGCCAACAUGGUCGUCUACACUAUGAAUCGCGGCCCUAGUCCCAAGGGCGACGAAGAAGAUGACUCCGCGACCUCGGUCACUAUUGAGGAGCCCGAGAACACCAGUCAAGGAUUAAUGACUCCCAUCUCGUCAUUCGAGCAAGCAUCCACCUCCUUAACCACACCUAUCGACAAUCUCACAUCAGCCCGCUCCGUUAUUGGCAGCUUCUCCAUGGCGGAGCCUCUGACCUUCGAAAACCCUACCCGCCAGGAUCGCCCCUACUACAACACACCUCCUCAAUACACCGAUUCCUUCUCGCAGCCCAUUAUCAGCACUCCCGUGACAACCGAGAUGAUUAGCCCCCAUGACGUCUCAGUCUCAGCCUUCGACUACUCCGCUCAGACCACCUACCCACACUCUACACCCGAUCCGCGCGCGGGAGUAAGCGGCCACUACGAUACCUGGACCCCAUCUUUCCGCCAGAACAUCUUUGGCCAGGUUGACUACGCUACACCGACAUCUAGCCAGGGUAUGCCCCAGCCUUCGAUGACAUACCAGAUGCCCAUGGUAUCGCACAUGCAUGACAUGUCCCAUCACCAUGCCCAGCAGUCCCACAUGGACUCCAUUCACCAAAGAUCCCUGCCUUUCCGCACAGGGUCACUAGGCCACCCACCACCUAACGGGAUGACUCUCUCCCACACCGUCUAA